UCCAAUGAACCCUCAAUUUUCUGAAAACACAUUUCUUUGGCCAAUACACGCAAUUUCAUAUCCAGGUCUUCAUGAUUACGCGCUGGGGUUGUUCAGCAUGGUUGUGUUGUUGUUUCUUACUUGUCCUCGAAACAAACAGUGAAUCAAACGCCAUCUUCACUCCGGAUGGCAAGGUCCACAUCGAAGACAGACGCGCCAGCUUCAAACCGUGGAUCAGACGAGAACACGAGGAGGCAGCAAUGGAACUGGAAGAGCGUACCAAUCAAGCUCCACAGGCUGUUUUUGGCGAUCCAAAAGUUUCACCAACUAUCGCCAAGGCAGUUUUGUCGUCAGAAGCUCACAAGGCUGACGUCAUGGAAGGGCUGAAGACUGUGCUUGUUGCACAACAGACGUCUGCGUCCACUGCAUCCUCUCUUCUGCUCAUCUCAGAAUUUACAUUCUUUUUGAUGAUGCUGUACUUGUUAAACCACAAGGACGUCAAUGUGAAGCGACUUUCCUGGUCCAGUUUGCAUACGUCCGUUGCCAUCUUCGUCAGCAUGCUGUUGUUCAUGUCCACCAAGUCGCUCUGGAUCCUUCUGGCGGGGCACACUCUCGAUCGCACUGCGGCGGGUGUUGCUUUGAGCUGGACUCGCUAUGUGAUCGUUUGGAUUCUGGGGCCUGUCAUACUUCUUCGCCGUGGGGUUGAUGAUGAAUCACGAGAGGCGUGGUGCUCCGUUGUGAAGUGGUUCACCGCUUUUUGCGCGGCAGAUGCCUUUGGCGAAUUGAUGAUGAUUGGAGUCUUCACAGCAUCAGUUGGUGCCCAAUUUGGUGGUUUUGUCCUGUGCUGCUUUAUCAUUUGGCUUCAAUGCUUCGGUGCAUGCUGGGCACGACAUUUUGUAGUCUUGGCAGCCUCCAGUGAAGCCGCAGAUGGAGUGUCUCCGCGGGAGAUGAAGGAGAAGUGGGCAGAAUCUUGGCAAGUGGCAGAGACCACCUAUGCAGGAUAUGUGCUGGGCUUGAUGCUAUCCAUGUGGACACGGUUUGCCACGUCAGGGAUCCCAACGGGUCCGUAUGGACGUCCAGCAGGACAAAAUGGAGCAAAGUCCGGUUGGCUUCAAUUGUGGACUGGUGUGUCAGUUCUGAUUGGAUUUAUUGUCAUUGGCUUGGUCUAUCGGCUUGGAGCUCCUGAGAGGAGCUGGAGUGCGCGCCGCUUCUCCCAAAUGACCACAUCCAUCAUGGCGAUGUUCUGCGCUUGGAUGUCGCUCUACAGCUUGGAGUGGGAGUUCCUGUAUUACACCAGCACCAGCAGCUUUGGUGGACAGGCGGCAGACAUCAAUUCAUGCAUUCUUCUGGCCAUAUGUGCUUCAGUGUUUAUGUUUGCGAUCAUGCGAAUCAUUGACUCCAUUGCUGAUCGAACAGGCAGCCCCGCUGUGCGCUCAACCGCGAUUUUCUGCGAACUUUUCAUCGGCUUGACGUGGCAACGUGUGUUCUAUACAGCAAUCAUGUUGUCUGGAAAGCAGUACAAGCAAGCAGAGCGUAUCAUCGAUGUAGUUUGUAUGUGGUGUUUGGCUGCAAUCGCGAGCCCUGCUUGGGCUUACUACAUUCUGCCAUUCUUCCUACAAGCGAAGAAGGAGGAGGAAGAGCAGGAGGGGAAGCAAGGCAAAGAGGGAGCUGAAGCAUCUGCAGAGGCUACGAAGGAUGAUCCAGGCAUCUCCAGCAAGCGUCCACAAAAGUCGACUCCACCUCCAGCCGAGAAGCCCAAAGAUGACGAUGAAGAGUUCUGAGCUGCACAUGACAAGCUUCAACAUCUUUGAGUGUACUGCAGUCAGACUGUGCCUGCAACUGUCCUGAGUUAUUGUCUUUGCAGGGUGGCAAAGAUCUAUAACUUGUAGUCAAUGUGACUGAGUGGCCGCAGAGAGUCAUGCCAU